AUGGAGAGGCUGUUGCUGUGUGUGAUGCUGGCAGUUGCCAUGGCAGUGCGGGCACAGAUCUGCCCGAAGCGUUGCGUGUGUCAGAUCCUGUCACCCAACCUGGCAACCCUCUGCGCCAAGAAAGGUCUUCUGUUCAUCCCGCCCAACAUCGACAGGCACACGGUGGAGCUCCGGCUGGCCGACAACUUUAUCACAACUGUGAAGAGGAAAGAUUUCGCAAACAUGACGCGGCUCGUAGACCUAACAUUAUCCAGAAACACCAUCUCCUUCAUCACAUCUCACGCCUUUGCCGAUAUGGAGAACCUCAGAGCUUUACACCUUAACAGUAACCGGCUGACGAGGAUAGCCAAUGAUACGUUCAACGGGAUGUCGAAGCUCCACCACCUGAUCCUGAACAACAACCAGCUGGUAGUUAUCCACCAGGAAGCGUUCAACGACCUGCUGGCACUGGAAGAGUUGGACCUGAGCUACAAUAACCUGGACUCUAUUCCUUGGGAGGCCAUCCAGAGAAUGAUUAGCCUCCAUACGUUGAGUUUAGACCACAACAUGUUGGACUACAUCCCAGAGGGAACAUUUUCCCUGCUACAGAAACUCAACCGGCUGGACGUCACCUCUAAUAAACUCCAAAAGCUGCCACCAGACCCACUUUUUCAACGAGCACAGGUUCUGGCAACAUCAGGGAUCAUGACUGCCACUUCUUUUGCGUUGUCAUUCGGGGGGAACCCUCUCCACUGUAACUGUGAGCUGCUGUGGCUGCGGAGGUUGAACCGAGAAGACGACCUGGAGACGUGCGCUUCACCUCAACAACUCUCUGGGCGCUACUUCUGGUCUGUCCCUGAGGAGGAGUUCCUCUGCGAACCUCCACUCAUCACAAGAUACUCCCACAAGAUGAGGGUGCUUGAAGGCCAGAGAGUUACUCUCAGGUGUAAGGCCAGAGGUGACCCGGAGCCAGUCAUCCACUGGAUCUCUCCCGAGGGCAAACUGGUGUCUAACUCCUCCAGAACGUUGGUCUACAACAACGGGACUCUGGACAUCCUCAUCAGCACGGUGAAAGACACCGGCUCCUUCACCUGCAUCUCCUCCAACCCGGCCGGGGAAAACCACCAAACAAUAGAGCUCAUUAUAAUAAAGCUCCCCCACAUCUCCAACAACACCAACAACAUACAGGAGCCCGACCCGGGAUCCUCAGACAUCUCCACGUCGACUCGAGGAGGGGCCAACGGGAGCAACGUGACGGGUGACGUGAAGGGCGGGGUGGACAAGAGGGUGGUGACAGCCGAGGCCACGUCAUCAACGGCGCUGAUCAAGUUCAACUUCCAGAGGAAUAUUCCGGGCAUCAGGAUGUUCCAGAUACAGUACAAUGGGAGCCAAGAUGACUCGCUGGUUUACAGAAUGAUCCCCCCAUCCAGCAAGAACUUCCUGGUCAACAACCUGGCGGCGGGGACGCAGUACGACCUCUGCGUGCUGGCCAUCUAUGAUGACAUCAUCACCUCCCUGACGGCCACGCGCGUGGUGGGCUGCGUUCAGUUCUCCACCGAGUCGGAGUACAUGAGGUGUCAUUUCAUGCAGUCUCAGUUCCUCGGCGGCACCAUGAUCAUCAUCAUCGGAGGGAUAAUCGUAGCCUCGGUGCUCGUCUUCAUCAUCAUCCUGAUGAUACGCUACAAGGUGUGUAACCCCGGUGAGAGCGGUAAAGGCGUCUCCUUGUCGAUGACCAACGUUCACUCUCAGACCAACGGGCAGCAGUCUCAGGGAUGCACCGUCACCCCCAGCUCCUCCAAACACGGCUCCAUCGGGUUGGACGACCUCUCUGGAGGCUCAAAGAAGAGGGGGGGCAAGGAUACCAUAACUCAGUCGUCCGACUCCUCCCUGCCCGACUGCUCCACCACCACCUCGGUCCUCAGCCAGUCCUGGGCGGCCAGGAGCCCGACAGCCGGAGCCGAGGACCGGGAGAAAGGGGGUGAGGAGAAGGCCAAGGGUGGGGUCUCGUCGCCCAACGGCACCACCGGCACCCUCCCCAAGCCGAAGCGUAAACCUGCUCCAGGAAAGCCGGGCGGUUCCAGCACCUCGGCCCCCCCUGAAAACCCACCAUCCCCCUCCCCUCGCCCUCCUCCCUCGCCAUACUCCACCCCCUCCUCCGUUCUCUUGCCCUCCACCCCUCUGGAGAACCUCAACACCAACCGCAACAACUCCACCUCUCUCAACCAAACCCCGCCUCCUUACGUCCCUUCGCCUUACCCCACCCUGCCGGCCAAACCGAGCCCCGUCCCCUCCAUCCGGUUCAGUGAGACCCCCAUCCUGCGCCGGGCCCCCCGUGGCGCCUCCGCCUCCAGCAAGUACCAGACUCUCCCUGCGGAGGAGCUGGGGAGGAGCAGGGCGAGGAGGAGGAACUCGCUCUGUGACGGAGGCUCAAAGACUCACCCCGCCCAUCAGGGGGCAGCAGGACCACCCAAAAUAGGGCGGAUAAUGCGGAACAAAAGGAGCCAAUCAAUGAGCGGGAUUCUACUCCCCAAAGACGGGGACGGAGAAUCGGACAAAGGGCGGUGCGACUCGGACUGGAUCCUAGAGAGCACCGUUUGAACUGGAGAGAGACAGCAACCAUUCAAAUAAAGUUUUUUUUUCCAUUUUUUGUAUGCCUGAGGUUUGGGUCGGUGAGUGAGUUUGAAUUUGUUGAGAGGUGUGUGUGUGUGUGUGUGUGUGUGUGUGUUGCUGUUUAGGAUGUGUGUUUUAGGUGUGUACAGUGUGUUUGUGUUCAUGUUGGAACCUUUUGUUGUGUGUUUCUGGGUGAGCUUUUUCUGUUUUCUGCCUGUUCUGUUUUUUUUAUUAUUAUUUUCAUACUCUUUUCACCACAAAUCUCAGUUUACAGGUUUUUUAUUCACUUUGAAAGAUUCCUGUCUGUUUUCCGGUCGGCGGGGGUGUAGCUCGCCUUGUCUCAUAGCGUCUUUGAAUCUCGUCGGUUCCACUUUAUAGCACAAAACAAAAACAAGACAAUGCGCUCGCCACGUCAUUUUCCCGAUUCACAUUCACCUUAUCUGAAAAUACCACGAAAAGGGAUUUACUACAGGAAAAAAAAAGAGGAAUAAAAAACUAUACAAGAACUGCAAAGCACACCAUUCUCACGUUCACACGCACACAAGAAGUGUGUCUAUACCGUGGCAAGAGAAUAGCAGUCGGUGCCUUCUUUUGCAACAGACAGAUGACACAACCGGAUUUAAGAGGAUCCUGAGCGAGGGGAUUAGGACCGAGGGGACGGAAAAGGAAGAGAUUUCACACAUAGCCUUUCUUACCUACCGAGGAGUACAGACCUUUCUCGAGAUAGACACAGACACAAACUGUGACGAACAGAUGAAGACUUUGCCUCUUGUGAAAUUGAUAUUUUUUAAAGGGAAGAAUACAAAAAAAAAGGUAACAUGAAAACCCUGUGAGCUUUUCACUGACAUUGGUAUAUACAGCCUGUGUUGGUCACGAGCUCCCGGAAAGCUUCUGUACAGAAAAAGACAACAUGUACUGUGUUGUUAUGUUGUGUAAAAUAAAAAGGGAUAAAAUGAAAACUGGA